AUGCAGGGUGUUCUCGGCAGCGGAAAUGUCGGCGUUGACGGUGCUGGUCAUUACUCCAUGGGCGGUGAUCCUUCCGGUGAUAUCUUUGUUAGCCCUGGUGACCCUGCUUUCUGGCUUCACCACGGUAUUUGGUGGAUCUGGAAGAACUUAAACCUCCGCGAGGGUCUAAACACUAUGUCUGAUACUGAUACUUUCUUGGACGCCCCUGCAUCGUCUAACACUACUCUGGACACACUCAUUGAUAUUGGUCACGCUGAUGGCGAGAUGGUCGCCAUGUGGGAUCUUUUGAGCACUAUCUCUGGUCCUUUCUGUUAUAUCUACCGAUAA